AUGUGGAGAGCAUGGCUAAAGGGAGGAUCGAAACAAGUAGCUAAAUUUAGCACAAAAAGUGAGGCAAAAAAGGGAGGUUUCCCCAUUCUGCAAGGCCACCCUGCUGCAGAGCAACACGCAGAAGAAGUAGUUGAAUCACAACACAAUAUUCAAAGGAAUGUGAACAAUCAGAAGAAGGAGUUCAAGAUAUAUCGAUGGAGCCCUAAUCAUCCUCACCAAAAACCUUUUCUUCAAUCCUUCUUUCUCGAUUUGUCCAGCUGUGGACCUAUGGUUCUUGAUGCUCUACAGAAGAUAAAAUCCGAAGAUGAUUCGAGUUUGACCUAUCGGAGAUCCUGCAGAGAAGGUAUAUGUGGUUCAUGUGCGAUGAACAUUGAUGGGACGAAUACAGUUGCCUGUCGUAAGCCGAUUGAUUCGGAUACUAGCACGGCUACUGUAAUAACCCCUCUGCCCCAUAUGUACGUGAUCAAGGAUUUAGUCGUUGAUCUCACCCAUUUCUACCACCAAUACAAGUUGAUCGAGCCAUGGCUGAAGACGAAAAAGCCCCCACCGGGCGGGAAAGAAUACAGGCAGAGCACAGCAGAGAGAUGGAGGCUAGACGGGCUCUACGAGUGCAUACUAUGUGCUUGCUGCAGCACCUCAUGCCCGUCCUAUUGGUGGAAUCCCGAGGAGUUCCUCGGACCUGCAGCACUGCUUCACGCGUAUCGCUGGAUAAGCGACAGUCGGGAUGAUUUUGGUGACGAGCGGCUGCAAGCACUGACGGAUAAGGAAGUUCGACUUUAUCGGUGCAGGACUAUAAAGAACUGCACAGCUACAUGCCCCAAGAGCCUGAAUCCGGCAAAUGCCAUCAACAAGAUGAAGGCGAAGCAUCGGUUCGCUAGGCCGUCCGAGAAGUCCGACAAUGAAGAUCAACGAGCUUAG